GUAUGUUUUCUUUUCUAAACAAGAAGCCACCAUGGGAAACCUUUUGUCCUUAUUUUGGGAGGUGGACCCUCCCCCACUACCAUUAGGUCAUUACAACCCAAUCCAAGAUUCCGAAUGCCAGAAGGAUGACUCUUGUCGGACAAUAGGGAGCUUCCUGCUUUGGUACUUUGUCAUUGUAUCGCUCCUGGUGUUCUUCUCUCGGGCUUCUGUCUGGAUGUCUGAGAAUAAACAGAAUGAGGAGAGUGGGACGAUCGCUCCAGUAAAUAAAGCAAGCAAAGAAAAUUCCUAUCAGCGGCAAAACAAAGGUGGUUGCGUGGACUCUUCACAAAUGACGAAGAAACCAAAACAGAAUCAACUUUUCCCCAUCACUGACUCAGAAGUAGAUUUGGUCAAUGCUUAUCUCGAACAAAGACGAGUCAGGCGCCAUUUUGCAGCCCACAAGGUGAAUCUGGCUCAACAAGGCAGUGAAACCUCUGAGCGUGACAGUGGAGAAUCUGACUCAGGAGCCUCUUCGUGGAAGGAGAGUGAAAGUGAACACCACCCCUCACUACAAAGCAUGCACAGGAGAAAAGUCACUCAGAGGCACCAGAAUCUGGGAAGUCAACAACUCCGAGAAAGGCCUUGCCCCCAUUGCAAAGCUAUGAGAACCAAUGAGUGGUUAACACAUCAUUUCCUACAAAGAGCUUCAGAAAUGGUUCUCACAAAAGACACUCAUGAGGAAAGUUCCAUAACUGAAAUCAACACAUAGUUCAGUACAAUUUGAAUUUUGUCAAGCCUUUACCUUAU